AUGAGCUCGCCACCGCCGAUGCAGUUGGAGGUGAUAGUUGGCGACGAGUCUAUGGAGGACGACACCGCGGACAUGAUACCAGCGGACAGAUUCACGUUACCAGCGCGAGCUGAUGCUGUCGUGGAAUUAUGGAGGACGAAGAUGGCAGAAGGAGUGCUAUCUUACGCUCACUUUCAAGAUCAUUGGCGUGUUAUAGUUCCGAGGAUAUAUUCGCCACAGCCCAAUAGGACUUGUUUAGAUUGGUCAUUCGAUGAAGAAUUAGGAGCAAAACUCUUGAUUCAACCGCUGGAACAGUUUGUGUGGGGCUCGGAGAGUUCCCAACCCCCUCGUCCACGGCGUUCUACGUUAUGUGGGAAAGUGUUCAAGCAGGGCGAGCCGGCCUACAGUUGUAGGGAGUGCGGUAUGGACAACACGUGCGUGCUCUGCGUGGAAUGCUUCAAGGUGUCAGCGCACAGGCACCACAAGUACAAGAUGGGCCAGUCGGGCGGCGGCGGCUGCUGCGAUUGCGGGGACACGGAGGCGUGGAAGAAAGACCCCUUCUGUGAAUUGCAUGCGGCGCCAGACAACGAAGAGCAAGCCCAGGCGAGCAUCAGCCCGGAGGUGCUGGAGCGCAUGAAGAUCGUGGCGUCGGUGUGCCUCUCGCACUGCUUCCAGCUGCUCACGCACGACCACGCGCCCGGCCUGCCACAUGAGCUGAUACUAAAAGAUGCUGAAAGAGGACUAUUACAAAUAUUGGACCAGCCAGACUGCUACUGCACUGUUUUAUACAAUGAUGAAACACAUACGUUUGAACAGGUGAUAACAACCCUCAACCGCGUGAUGAAGUGCAGCCACCGCGACUCGGUGGAGCUGGUGAGCCUCAUCGACCGUGAGGGCCGCGCGCUCGUCAAGUGCAACUCCUUCCAGCUCUGCGACAAGCUCAAGACUGAUAUUGAGAUGUUCACGUCGCGGCACGGGCCCGCGCUGAAGGUGCUGGUGAUGCACGCGCACGUCGUCGCGCACCAGACCUUCGCCAUGAAGCUGCUCAACUGGCUGCAGAACUUCGUGUCGCACGAGCAGUCGCUGCGGCUGGCGGUGAGCCAGGUGGCGCUGGCGGAGACGGCGGGUGCGGCGGGCGCGGCGGGCGCGGGCGGCGUGGCGGCGCGCGUGCUGCAGAACGACUGCCGCAUGUGGAAGGCGGCGCGCACCGCCUGGCACCGCCUGCUCAUCGCCACCACGCUCAUGGACUACGCCACCAAGCGCGCCAUGGCUAUACUCUUCACUAAGAACUAUGGUUCUAUUCUGAAGGACUUCAUCCGCGACGACCACGACCACUCGUUCUCGGUGUCGUCGCUGUCGGUGCAGCUGUACACCACGCCCACGCUCGCGCACUACCUCAUCGCCAAGCACGACGCGUUCUUCCUCGUCAUGAACACCUUCGUCAGUGAAUGCAACCGACGGUGUAAUGCUGAGGGUCGUCUCGAGUUUGAUCGUAACCACGUAUCAUCGGGAUUCAAACGUGCACAAUUCAUAUUGUACGACGUGAAGUACCUGCUCGGGUCUGUACCGACUACCUUUGAUGAUGAUCUGAGGAAGGGCUUCCUGCACGGACUGUCUCUCAUGCUGAACCUCCUGGUCAUGAUGCAGGGCAUGGACUCUGUUGUUAGACAAGUGGGUCAGCACAUGGAGUACGAGCCGGAGUGGGAGUCGGCGUUCAACCUACACGUGAAGCUGGCGCACAGCAUCACGCUGGCGCUGGAGUGGUGCAGCGCGGAGCGCGCGCUCGCCGCCGCCGCCUACCGCAUGGCGCUGCGCCGCCACGCCGACACCUGCGCGCGCCGCCCGCACGAGCUCAGGGAGCUAGGCAACCAGAGCGCGUCGGUGAUCCCGUACGACGUGUCAAAGGAGCCGGUGUCGGUGCACCGGCCGCUGUCGCGCUUCCUGGCGGGCCUGCACCUGCAGCUGCAGCGGCACGGCCUCUCCUACCACAGCCGCGAGUUCGACCGCCAGGACCCGCCCAAGCCCACGCCCGAGGAGCUCAUUGAGCCGGUUCUGCGCACGAUGGCGAUGAUAGCGCAGGUGCACGCGGGCAUGUGGCGGCGCAACGGGUUCGCGCUGCUCAACCAGCUCUACUUCUACCACAACGUCAAAUGCCGCGCCGAGAUGUUUGACCGGGACGUGGUCAUGUUACAGAUUGGUGCUUCACUUAUUGAAAGCAAUGAAUUCAUAAUUCACGUGCUAAAUAAGUUCAACCUUCUAGACUGGGCCUCCGCUGACUUUGAACAGAGAUCCAUAGAAGAUGACACUCUAAGACAUACAAUUAGUAUGGUUGAAGAAUUCUUAAGGCUUCUUAUUACAAUUGUGGGUUCCCGAUACGUACCAGGCGUAGGUGAAGUAACCAAUGAAGAUCGGACUAAAAAGGAGAUUAUCCAAAUGCUAUGCGUAAAACCUAUGCCGCAUUCAGAGCUAAAUAGAUCCUUGCCUGAAGAUCAAUUACAUGAGACGGGACUCGAAGCGGUGAUACAUGAGGUCGCUGACUUCGUCAAACCAACUGGUGGAAAUAAUCGCGGCGUUUACAAACUGAAGCCGCACUUGUAUGAUGAAUAUGACACGUUCUUCUACCAUUAUACUAGAGAAGACCUUUCUAGAAGCGAGGAAGAACAGAGGAAUAGACGGAAGACUGCUGGUCUGCCGGAGUGCUGCCCGCCGCCGCCGCUGCCCAAGCUCGCGGUGCCGUUCCGGCUGCUGGCCAGCCUGCUGCAGAGCGACGCGGCGCUGCACGUGCUGCGCUGCGUGCUGGAGCGCGCGCUCGACCUGCGCGCGCGCUCCUUCUCCGAGCCGCAGGUGCACAAGGCGCUCCACCUGAUCGGGUACGCGCUGCGCGACGAGGAGAGCGGGCACUACGAGUUCCUGGCGUUCGCGGAGAGCGCGGCGCGCAGCGGCCUGCUGGCGCUGCUGCAGCGCCUGGCCGCCAGCCCGCGCGUGGACGCGCACCGCGCGCUCGCGCGCUGGCUGCUACAAAAGAUGCGAAAAUUAUUAGGACAAGGCGACGGAGAUGGAGGUGACGUCGAAAGUAUGGAAACUGAUCAGGAAGAAAAGUCGCCAGUUGACGAGAGCGCUGAGAAAGCAAGACGUGCCAAGCUCGCAGCCGACAGACGCGCCAAGCUGUUGGAACAGAUGAAGUCUCAAAUGAACAAUUUCAUAUCUAACAACUCCACGUUAUUCCAAGAAACUACAACUGAGGUGACUGAAGAGGAAGAGAAGCAGAAUCUAUUGGAGAUCUAUCGCGGCGCCGCGCUCGGCGUGUGGGGCGGCGGCGUCAGCGAGCCCGCGCGCGUCUGCAUCAUGUGCCAGGAGGAGGCGCGCGUGGAGGCAAAGUCGGAGCCGCUGGUGCUGGUCGCGUUCGCGCAGCACUCGAGCGUGCUGUCGCGCGCGGCGCGGGGCGGCGGCGGCGGCAGGGCGGAGGCGCGCGCGGCGUGGCCGGCGGCGGGGCUGGGCGCGCAGCCUCACGUGUCGUGCUGCGGGCACGCGCUGCACGCGCGCUGCUGGCGCAAGUACGUCGACGGCGUGCUCGACAAGGAGAAGCUCAGACCUUACCGCAUCCGUCAGCCGGCGGCGUUCGACGUGGAGAAGAAGGAGUACCUGUGCCCGCUGUGCGAGCGCCUCUGCAACACGGCGCUGCCGCUGCUGCCCGCGCCGCCGCUGCCCGCGCGCGCGCCGCCGCCGCUCUCGGACCACACCUACAGCGACGCGGUCGAACUCAUACUCAAGUUGAAGCAUCAGGUGUGCUCGGAGCCGGUGCACGUGUGCACGGAGUACUGCGAGGAGCUGCACUGCCGCGCGCGCGCGCGCUCGGCCGGCGCGGCGGGCGCGGGCGGCGCGGCGGGCGCGUGCGGCGACGCCGAGGACGAGGCGGCGGACGAGGCCGAGGUGUACGUGUCCACGCACGCCGAGACACUGCUGCCCGCAGAGUUCCUGGCGCACUUCGACGUCGACACGCCCGUCUACAACGACGUGCUCAAGACUCUGGUCGAGGAUUUCGCUAAGAUGCUUCCAGGUAUAUGUGGACUGUCAGAAUCAGGCGGCAUGGUUUCCGUGGCGGCGCUGUAUCGAGCAACCUCAUACACAAUUCUAAGCACUAACGCAGUACUACAAGCAGAAAACAGACCUCUACUCGGAGACUUGCCUUCCAGACACCGAGAUGCCUUACAAGCUAUCAUCAGACUAGCAGCAGUCGUGCCAGCGAUAUGGCCGUCACCGAAACACGUCUCCCAUCACGCUCUAAGCACGCUCAGCACUCUAGAGAAAACCUCUCCACUAACCCACGAAGUAUUCGGAACUUUAGUCGCCCUAGUACUAUCCGCGCCGUCCCUGUUCUGCAAAACCGCGGGUCCUGCGAGACCCAACCAUUUAGCGAGGCAAAUAACACUAGAAGCUUUCAGAGCCCAACUCACCAGGGCCAUGAUCAUCAUUGACGUCACAUCCUGCACCAGCCAACCAAUGGAGGACACCCCCAAGCAGGACCUAGAAAACCUAUUAACAUUCAUGAAGGAAUUGAGAAAAGGACGGCUAGAUAUUGAUAAUUUAAAUGCACAGGAAGUAUGGGAGUGCGUAAAGAAACAGUGUCACAACUUUUUAAGGAGUUGCUGUCUGUUUUACCACUUUUUAAGUGACAUCCAGCCGCCUAGAGAGCUGACGGUGUAUGGUGGUGAUACUUGGGACACUAUGUGCGGGUAUUUAGACUUGCCGAGCACGUUUGUGGAUUUAAUAGAUAAUAUAUUGGCUAGGAAGAAGGCUUUGGCUUGGUCAGAGCUGUCGACUGAGUGGUUUAGUGGGGAAUUGUCACUACAGUUGGUCCUAGAGCCCAUUGAACCUCCAAGAUUGAUAACGUUGCCCGAUGACUUCUCGGAGUUAAUGAAUGUCGUCUCAGAGUUCUCUUGCCCCAACUCGGAGAGGGAAGACAGCAAGAACCCUACGAUGUGUCUGGUGUGCGGACAGAUACUGUGCUCGCAGAGCUAUUGUUGCCAGAUUGAAAUACGCAAGUCGGGCGCGCGCGGCGGCACGGAGCUGGUGGGCGCGGUGGUGGCGCACGCGGCGCGCUGCGGCGCCGGCGCGGGCGCCUUCCUGCGCGUGCGCGACUGCGAGCUGCUGCUGCUGGCGGCGCCGGCGCGCGGCGCGCUGCAGCCCGCACCCUACCUCGACUCCUACGGCGAGACCGACCAGGGACUACGCCGGGGGAACCCCCUGCACCUGUGCCCGGAGCGGUACGAGCAGCUUCGCAUGCUGUGGCUCAGCCACGGCAUACACGAGAAGAUAGCGCGCGGCCUCGACACCAACAUGCUCGUCACCACCGCCUGGCAGAACAUG